AUGGCUCCCAGCAAGUCAACCGAUGUGGCCUCAAUGAGCGCAGCUCGUUCUGCGUCCAAGACAGCACCUCCCACUACAGCCCGGGAUGGCUUUGAUUUGAUUUCUCGCACACCCAUUGUGUGGGACACCGCUGCUGGCACCACCUUUCAAGACAUUACCUAUCAAAUUUCCUCGCAGGACAUGUGUGCUCGCAUCGCCUUUAACCGUCCCCAAGUGCUGCAUGCCUUUCGUCCUCAAACAAUCCGGGAAAUCCAGCAAGCGCUGGAAAUGGCUGUGGACGAUGUGGCCGUUGGGGUCAUUUUGCUGGCGUCCAACUGUGAUGAAACUCAGUAUACCCCCGCCUUUUGUGCAGGUGGAGAUCAGACUGUCCGUGCCAAUGAUGGUGGAUAUCAGGAUGGCACAGAAGCCUUUCCCAAAUUACGCGUCUUGGAUUUGCAAGUACAAAUGAGACGCUGUCCCAAACCAAUUAUUGCCGUCGUGGAGGGAUAUGCUAUUGGAGGAGGACAUAUCUUGCACAUGAUUGCCGAUUUGACACUGGCUGCCGAUAAUGCCAUUUUUGGGCAAACGGGUCCUCGCAUGGGAUCCAUUGAUGCUGGCUAUGGUAGUACCCACAUGGCUCGAUUAGUGGGCCAAAAACGGGCCAGAGAAAUUUGGUUCCUGUGUCGCUUUUACAAUGCCCAGGAAGCGUAUGAAAUGGGAUUGAUCAAUGCCCAGUAUCCAAAACAGGAGCUAGAAGGACGAGUGGCUCAAUGGGUACGACGGAUUAUCAUGAAUUCUCCCACAGCCAUUGCCUGCGCCAAGGCUGCCUUGAAUGCGGACGAGGAUGGGGCAGCCGGGAUUGCGCAAAUGGGGGGAGAAAUCACCCGUCUGUUCUACAUGUCCAAAGAAUCUCAAGAAGGUCGAAACUCAUUUUUGGAACGACGAGCUCCUCAAUUUCGUAGCAAACUGUAG